ACUGCAGAUAAGACUUUCUGCUCAGGAGGGAGGAAAAAAAAACUUCUGCUCUAGAAAGUGACUCAAAUGUCAGAGAAUGUGGACCACGGUGAUCAUCGGCUAUGUUUGGAUUAUCGAUAACUGCUGAGAGGAAAUCGUUUUUGCUAUUAAUUAUUUAUAGAUUCCUGUAAAGCGGUGGGGAUGCGCGAGAGACGCCGCAGCGGCGAGGUUCGCCCGCUCUGAACCGGAGGAGUCACCGGCAGAUGAUGUCCCAGUGUGAGAGUGUUUCCAGAGGAGACGAAGGAGGAUGAAGAAGGGGGGAGAGGGGUCGAGAGCGGCAGAGGUGGAAUAUAAUGAAGUUGAGUGGGAAAGGACUGUGCACCGUCUUGUCCAGCACCCUCCUCUUCGUGUGCGCCCUGAGCGAAGUUGUCGUUGGAUUAAGAUGCGUCUCGCUGGGAUCCACGGUGAAGGCGCAGUUCCACCUCAGCGCCACCGCCGGGGCUUUCUACUCGGGGUUACUUGUGGGACUCGGGCAGGUCCUGUUGGGCUCCUCGCUGCUUUGUUGCACGGAGAAGCCCGGCUGCAGGAAUUUCUUUCUCCUCGGUGUUGUUGUCUUCUUGUUGGGAGUCCUCACUGCCUUCUCCGGCGCGGUGGUGGACGGAGACACGGCUUCUCUGGUAGAGAGAAAAUUCUCCCAUUACUGCUUUCACUUUGUGAUUGUGAACCGUGCCUGCGAGCAGCUGAGGGAUUACCAGCAGAGUCUAGUUAUCUCGACUGUUCUCAGCACUUUGGAGUGCCUCCUGGGGCUCAUCAACCUGGUGGUCAUCAAAAGGUACAAGGCAGCGCUGUUUUCUAAGAGCAGACGGUGCCAGAGGCAGAGCACCGGGGCGGUCAUCUUCAGCGAGGAGCGGGAUUGCUCCUCGGCGGCUUUCCAGUCGGUGUCUUACAUCAAUUUGGGGGGUUUUACCGUGUUUGAUGAGACAGGUGCCAAAGUGCAAAGCGGGGGACACCCGUCUAUUGAGCUGCCGGGAUACUCGUCCACGGACCCGGAGCUUAAUCACUGCUUUCCCUUCUCCUACCCCAUCCCCAGCGAACUGCCGCCCGCGUACGAAGACAUUUUCCCGGUAGAGGCAUGCAACACAUAGCCGCUGUGGACUCGCCCCCGGAGCGCUUCUCUCUGCUGUGACAAUCAGUGACUUUGUGCUUGAACAACCAUCUCCUCUUCUUUUUUUGCUUCCUCCAACAAACUCCCCAGAAAAAAGAGAGAAAAGAGCAGUAAGUAACAGGAGGACAGCAGCACUGAGUUUUCAAUCACCGGACUUUUCAUUCUGAUGUUUUCUCACAUCUGCCUGAUAGCUCUCCAUUCAGCAUCACCAGCCAGGCUGAGGUGGAUAAAAAGAUGUGAGUGGCAGCCUUUAGGCCCAGACAGUGCAGCCAGAUCAAGGCCCAUAAACGCAACAGCUUGCUACAAAAUCAGUUUGUGUUUUGAAUGUGUGCUGUUAACGUUUUUACUUGUGAAUAAAACGUGUAUUUAACCUCAUCUGAAGUUAUGGAGCUGCUGCCAGUUUGGGGUUUUCAGUUACCGCUUUCUUAGCCCAAACUUCAUCUCUAAAAGAUAAGUUCUGGUUGAUUAUGUUUUUAUUAAUAAUAUUCUGCUGAAAUAGUCUAUAAAGGUUGUUUACUGCCACAUCAUUAUGUGGGGGAACUGCUGAGUUUAUAUUUUGAAUACAAUACAGAGCUAGUUGUUUUCAUGGGCUGAGUUGGUAUUAAAUUAGAUUUUUAAGGUUUAGUUUAACAAAAUUUUCACAAGAGAAUAUGAUGGCGAUGGAUAACUGUUUAUUUUAAAGCUUGGAGGCAUUGUAUGAGCUCCUUAAUGCGCUGCUGUCUGUAUCACGUGGUUUCCAAUUUCCCAUAAUGCACUGUUUGAUUGGACUUGAAAUGAUUGAUUAAUGGCACCAGGCACAAAUACACAUCAGCUCUCAGCAUG